AUGCAGUUUAGUUCCCACGCGAAUUUUUCGAUUUUUUUCCUCCCAAAAUGUGUGUUUUAAAGCACUGAAUAUAAAAGUCUAAUUCAAAAAUUCUCGCAAAUUAUUUUUUUGGAAGUUAUAUCUUUCCAAAGUUUACGAUUUUACGUAUUUACGCAUGCAUGCGCGUGAAACGCUGUACACUUUGCUUUCCUACGUUUUCGUAUUGGAUUGUCGCCUAUUAUUAAUUAUGUUAUUUUAUUUUGUUAUUAUUAAGAUUAUUAUAAUUUAUAAUUAACGACUUUCAAAAGGUAAUAGAACUGAUAAUGUUUUAUUUUCGUAUUAAAUAUUACUGUUUGAGGAUUGCGAUGUUAGUGCCUACAUGCGUACUCCAGAUCACUACAGUUUUUGUUACAGCUACGAUAACAUAUCAUUUUAAAAUGUCAUUUGUUAAUUUUAUUGAGUUAUAUGAUAUAUUUGAACAUAAAACCAAUGGCCCCGUCUCAAUAAGUGUAAUAAAAAAAUUGCAAUCGUGGAAUUUGUUGGCCCGUGACGGUGUGUUAAAAUGUAAAAAUGGUCAUUAUUUAAAAUUAUACCCUGAUGUGCGUUCUUUAGACGGAUUUGGUUGGAGAUGUAGGGAACCUAUAAAUAAACAAAAAAACAAAUGCGACUAUUAUCGAUCGAUUCGCGUGGAUACAUUUUUUCAUAAAUCGCAUUUGUCGUUAUACCAAAUAGUAUCGUUUGCAUAUUUGUGGUUAGAAAAUGUGUCAUUGUCAUUUAUUGUAAAACAAAUUAAAAUUGCUCAACAUACUGCUGUUGACUGGUCAUCGUUUCAUAGAGAAGUCGUCUUCGAGGCUAUGAUUACAAAUCAUAAUAAGAUAGGUGGAGUAGGUCAAGUUGUCGAAAUUGACGAGUCCAAAUUUGGUCGAAGAAAAUAUAACCGCGGGCAUCGUGUAGAUGGACAAUGGAUUUUUGGUGGUGUUCAACGAGAAACUGGAGCUUGUUUUUUAAUACCCGUAGAAAAGCGAGAUAAAGAUACUCUUUUAACAGCAAUCAAUGAUUGGAUCUUACCAGGGACUACAAUUAUCAGCGAUUGUUGGAAGAGUUAUCAAUGUUUGGAAGAUGAAGGAUUUGUUCACUUAACGGUGAACCAUUCUAUUCAAUUCAAAAAUCCGGAAACAGGAGCACACACAAAUAAUGUUGAGGGAAUGUGGCGUCACGCAAAGGCUUCGCUUUCUCAGUAUUGUCGCAAAAAACGGUUUUAUGGAGGAUAUUUAGCAAAGUUUAUGUUUCUGAAAAGGUGUCGUAUACUAAAUAUUGAACCUCUGACGGAAUUUUUUAAACUUGCUGGUGAGCUGUAUGACCCAAAAGCGAUACAAGAAAUUAAUUUAUUGGUAAGUGAUGAUGAAGCGUCUUCUGAAACAGAUGGAAAUGACGAAGAUUUAUAA